AGUGAUUUUUAGUAUAUAGGAAAGUAUUUAAGACGCGGUGGUCACGGUACUAACUCAGUGGUUUCGCGAAAUUUGAUCAAUUCAGUGUUUUUGUUUUGACCAGUAAAAGAUGAUUCAAAUAAUUGUGUGUAUUAUCGGCGGAUUGAUCGUUGCUGGAUAUGUGUACUUGACCUGGCACCACGAUCACUGGAAGAAGAGAAGAAUUCCUGGACCUUCCGCACGAUUCUUAUUAGGGAACUUGCCCAGUGUUGUAACCCAAAAACGGAACAUGACUUAUGAAAUCGAUGAUCUCUAUAGAGAAUUCAAGGAUCGCCAUGGACUGAUUGGGUAUUUCAGUAUGAGAUCCCCUUCACUUAUGGUUCUACAGCCAGAUCUUGCAAAGGAUAUUCUUAUCAAGAACUUCAAAUCCUUUUCGGAAAAUCAAUUCUCAGAUAUGAUUGACAAAAAUGUUGAUCCGAUUUUUGGAAGGAAUCCUUUCAUGCUGAAAGGAAACGAAUGGAAAGAAAAACGUGCAGAAAUAACACCGGCUUUCACAACGUCGCGGAUAAAAACCAUGUAUCCGAUUGUCGAUGAUGUGUGUGCCAAUAUGAAGAAAUACCUCAUAAAAGAGAUUGAGAAGAACCCAACAAAUGGAUUCGAAGUGAAGGAACUAAGUGCUAUGUACACAACCGACGUAGUAUCCAAUUGUAUCUUCGGCGUCGAUGCUGGAUCCUUUACGGGAGGCGAUGCCACGAUUAGGAAGAUGGGUAAAGAACUUUUCACACCAAAUUGGAAAAUUAUGGUUUAUUUCCUUGCUUUGGAACUAUUCCCAUUCAUCUAUAAUGUAUAUCAAAUGCCUUUUGUACCUAAGAGAGUAGAACAAUUCUUUGUCAAUCUCAUGAAGGAUGCAAUUGCUCUCCGAAGAGAAAAAAAUAUCAACCGUUUUGACUAUCUCCAUUAUCUCCUGGAACUUAAUGAGAAAAAGAACCUCAAUGAACUGGAUAUGGUAGCCCAUGCAGUUACGUUCUUUAUUGAUGGGUUUGAAACAUCCAGCAUCGCACUGGCAUUCACACUUUACGAACUUGCACGGCAUAAAUCCGCUCAAGAGAAACUGAGAAAGGAAAUUCGAGAAACCUUGUCCAAGCAUGGAACGAUCACACAUGAUGUCGUUUCGGAAAUGCCUUAUCUGGAUCAGGUUCUGAACGAGAGCCUACGUCUUUUCCCACCGGCUGCUUUCAUGGGAAAGGUCUGCACUGAAAAAACUGAAGUGAAAGUCAAAGAAGGUGACUAUCACACAAUUGAUGUUGGUGAUGAAGUUCUAAUCCCCGCAUACAGCUUCCAUCGGGACCCAGAAUUCUACGAAAAUCCUGAUGAGUUCAAUCCAGAAAGAUUUAAUCCUGAAAACGGAGGGAUUAAGAACUUUCGUGAAAAGGGUGUGUUCCUACCUUUCGGAGAUGGACCUAGGAUUUGCCUAGGUCAGAGAUUUGCUCAGGCUCAAGUCAAAGCAGCGCUUGUGUCUCUAAUUCAAAAUUUCGAAGUCGAUGUUAAUUCGAAAACACAGGAACCUAUCGUGUUGGAUCCUAAAGAAUUCUUGGCAUAUGCAAAAGGUGGACUAUGGUUAGACUUUCAGGAAAUCUAACCCGUAUUUGUAAUCCAGUCUUUUGAAAAUUGUACUUAAUUGUUAUCUUGAAAAUAAUAA